GCUGGGCGUGGGCUCGACACUCCUCAUCCCCUCUUCUCUCUGUGGAAGCACAUUGUUCAACGCGGGCUCUCAUUUCUCACCCAGAACCAAUGAAAGCCCUGCUGCAUUUUGAGCUGGCUGAAAAUUAAACACUUUCUCGGUAACGGCAGAGAAUAAGGUAGCAGAUAUCUGAGGACGACAGGAAGCAGACCAAGAACAUUUCGUUUCCUCCUGAUUUUCCUGCUGAGAGGCAAACAGAGUUGAGAGAUUUUUAUUAUUUUUUUGGGUAUUUUUUUUUUCCUGUCCUCUUCUCCUCCUCCCGGUAGACGAAACGUCGCUCUUGUCGCUAAUUAGACCCUCUCUGCUUGUUCAGCAACGUGCCUGCCUGUGCGCGUGCGUGUGUGUGUGUGCGGUGAGCUGCAGCGGCAAGGAUGACGGAGUAUAAGCUGGUGGUGGUGGGAGCUGGAGGUGUGGGCAAGAGUGCACUCACCAUCCAGCUCAUCCAGAACCACUUUGUGGAUGAAUAUGACCCCACCAUAGAGGACUCGUACAGGAAACAGGUUGUGAUUGACGGGGAGACCUGCCUGCUGGACAUCCUGGACACUGCAGGUCAAGAAGAGUACAGCGCCAUGAGGGAUCAGUACAUGAGGACAGGGGAGGGUUUCCUCUGUGUCUUCGCCAUCAAUAACACCAAGUCUUUUGAGGACAUCCACCAGUACAGAGAACAGAUCAAACGUGUGAAGGACUCGGACGACGUUCCCAUGGUGCUUGUGGGAAACAAAUGUGACCUCCCGGCACGCACAGUGGACACAAGGCAAGCCCAGGAGCUCGCCCGCUCCUACGGCAUCCCUUACAUCGAGACCUCUGCCAAGACACGACAGGGAGUCGAGGACGCCUUCUACACACUGGUAAGGGAGAUCAGACAGCAUAAGCUGAGGAAGUUGAACCCACCUGAUGAGAGCGGUCAGGACUGUAUGAGCUGUCGCUGUGUGGUAUCGUGAUGCAGCUGACGGUUGCACGUCGAAGAGAAAUGCUACAGCGCGUAGCGGCAGCAUGGACUUAAAGAUAGAACGAUUAAAAACAAGUCAAUGAUGAAAUAUAAACUUUUUUUCAAAAAGAGGACGAUUGAAGCAGAAGCUCUCAAGGAAACCACCAGAGCUGACUGAACCACAGACCUUUACGGAAAGGAGGAACUGGACUGUUGCCCCUGUGGCUACCUGAACUGGCCCGGUCCGGCCCCCUUUUUCGGUCCACACGUCGACCUGUGAGCAACACCACUAAUGACUCUGUCAACUCCAGUGUGGUCUCGCUGGGUAGCUCUACAAGUUUCCUGCUAACUUAUUGUUUUCAGUCUCAACACUGGUCUUAAAGGGGGCGUCUGUGACCUCCUCCCCCCUUGAAAGCCUAAUCCCACUCCCCCCCUGCCUGCCCACUGGAAGGACUGACUGACUGAAAUGGAAAGGACUGGAAUGGACAUUUAGUUACCCAAACACCUCUCACAUAAAUAACCCCCCACCCAUCCUACUCUGCCCCUCAGAUGGCUGUGUAGUCCCUUCAUGAUACUGGAUACAGGAGGCUGAGGUUGAGGAAUGACUAUGAUGUUGUUGUUGGUGUUUAACAGUUAGCCCAGUUGUAAAAAAAAAAAAAAGAAAGAAAACUUUUUUGUUUUUGAUAUGAAUUUUAAAUGACUUUUUUUUGUGGCUGCAAAAUUUAAAACUCACUGAGGAGCAAUAUGUGAGCAAGGGUGUUUAUUUCAGACGGCACCUGGUUUGACGUAGUGGGAAUUCCUUUUUUUGGGAUAGAGAUGUUGCAAGUACAAACAUAGACGGACUUCCAGAAUGCGGCUCCUCUCCUUACAGACGUUUCUUUGCUAGGAGUUGUCUUUGUGGAAUAUUAAUAGUGAUGGCUAGUGUACGUAGGUUCUGGUGCAAUAGGAUUCUUUACUGUCCACGAAGUAUUGGGAAUAAACCACCUCUCAUGGCUACUCAUUUUCCAGUUUUUACUUUUAGGAAGGAGAGGUACCGUGCAUGAAAGUGUAGUUGUCAUUUUUCCAGCUGGAGAAGGUUGCCUGUAGAAUAGGAGGACAGCCCUACACUUGUACAGUUAUAGAAUGACAGGAGAUGGAUUUUUUUCUUUGGAGCAUUUAGUUUCCGUAUGGUGUACAACUCUUAUUUACUACACGUUGAUAAAAAAAUAAAAAAUAAAACAGCUAAUUUUAGUUUGCAAGAGUCGCUUCUUGUGGAUAAUAAGGCUCAGGAAUCGGGGUCCAGGAACAGUUUCCUGGACACCGGGGUUAAAGGAUGUCACCGGUUAGCUUUGCAGAGUGUAACGCACAAGCCCUGCCUCAGAAGUCGAACGUUGUUUAUUUCCACACACACCAUACUAUCCUCAAACUGCUCCUCUUUCUCUGCCACCUCAACUCUACAAUGGAACAAUAACAGAUCAGGUGCUACUCGUGUCAGAAGCAUAUGUGCUGUAUAUGUGGGACUAUUGUGUGUAAUAACUGAUGGAUAUUGGGUUAUGGGAGCGCAUUGCUCGUUUUCUUAAUACUGACCAGCUUGCGCUCUCCGUGACUCCAUUAAUUUGCUGCCUAAAAUGAGAAAGACUGCUCUGUGUUUACUUUGCCUUAUCUGUUAGCUAGUUUGUACCUCAUGUAUGCAGCGAGCUCUACCUGAGACGAGUAUGUGUUCUGUUGGCUGCGUUGUUUUUGUUUUAUGUUUGAACAUGUGUGCAACUAAAAAAAGAAAAAACUAUAGAAGUAUGUUGACCUUAGAUGUGCGCUGUAUAGAAAUUGAAAGACAAACCCCUAAAACACUACACUGAUUCUUUUUUUCUUCUGCAUCUGAAUGUGAUUCUGUUGAACAAGACUGGAAAAACAACAAAGUUUGAAAAAAAAAAAAAAAGCCACGGUGUCUCACUCCCAUGUUUAUAUGAAGUUUCAUUCCCAUCACACUGGAAACAAAUUGUUGCUUUUGAGUCCAGAUUUAUGUUUUUAACCUUUCAGAUGAAUUGAUCAUGUAUGAUAAUGUACAGAGUUUCCAAACACUACAGGCAAGUUUUUGGAAACAGGCUUCAGAUGCAAACCUCACAGACAUUUCUUCCAUGAAAGACGUCAAAUCUUAUUUUGCUAUUGUCUCAGAAUUUUUUAUUAUUUCUGAUCAAAUUGAAUUGUACAGUUUAAAAUGACUCUUUUUUUUCCACUCAUGAGAGAAAAAUCAUUCAUUCUAUUUACUGUGUGGAUGGUGGUGGUGGUGUUUUUUUUUUUGUUUUUUUUUUUAAAUCAGUUUACUGUUCAUUUCUCUGCUUCGGAGGAAGGAUAUGAACUGUGAAUGUGUUUGAGUCUCUAGAUAUCGUUUGAAAGAAGCCUCGUGUUUAAAAAAAAAAAAAAAAAAAUAGUACAAUGUUGAAAUAAUGCAGGAGUUGAUCCUUGGUCCCACUUUUGACUGUGUUGUUCCUAACAUUUAUUUUUCACCCAUUUUACUCAAACAUUUUAAUGGAAAAAGAGUGUGGCGUUUGUAACAAGUAAUGACAGUCCUUACAGUACGCUUGUCCCCUCCCCCUGUCGAUGGUUAAGCAGUACACCCAUGAUAAUAAUAAUAAUAAUAAUAAUAAUACCAUAGAAUUCCACAAAUCUAUGUAUUCAAAUUCCCAUUGCAUUAGAAUAUCAGCGUCAUGUUGCCGCAGUGAUACUCCAGCCAGCAAAACCACAAGUAUACAUGUCAGCGGACCCUGGCGAGCAUGACAAAGACUGUACGGACCAUUGGGAGUUUUGCACAAGGAUACAGUGGGCUCAAGGGCUUGUUUCCCCCCCUUGCAAACUGUGGGAAAGAGGCGUGGAAGGAAUUUGUGAAAAUGUCAACUGUUUAGCUAUUUAAGAUGUAUUUACUCUUUGAAAAUGUGGCAAAUUGUAUUGCAGGACAGGAAUAAAGAUGUCAAGAUGAA